AUGCCGCAAUACUAUGACGACGAUGAUAUGGACACUGACCUCCAGGAUGAGGUUCCAGAAUUCCGCGACGAGGCUGAAUUUGAUGAUUAUUUGAAUGACGAAGAAUAUCAGUUGAUGAGCGAGAUGUUCCCACGCGCAAAAAAAGAACUGGCCGAUUACGUUGGAUGGGACAACCUCUCUGUCAAGGUGACGAUCUUUGACCACGAGUUCAACUUUGAUGAGGCAAUGAUCGAGCUCAAAAGAAGCUUGAAGAAGAAGAAGACUGAAGCAAAAAAACAAGCAGUUUCUAAUUUCCAGCAGAAAAGUCCCGAUGAUGUCGUGCUAGAAGCGCAAAAGAAAGCUUUCGAAGAUGUCGAAAAAACUACGAAAGGAGUCGAAAAUAUCAAAAUCAGCAACCCUAAAGCAGAAGAUGAGAAUGAACAGGGACUUGAUGAAGAAGAAGACAAACCUUUUGUCUCUGAACCCACCAUUCGCACAUAUAGGAAAGCUCUAGUACCUACUAAACCCAAGAAACCUAUAGACCUGGAGGACCACCUUCAACACAAAAAACCUCACCUGAGCUUUGUUGUAUUGGGCCACGUUGAUGCCGGUAAGUCUACGCUUAUGGGUCGUCUACUAUACGAUGUUGGAGCAGUUGACAACAAGCUGAUAAGAAAGUUGAAGAAAGAGAGCGAGAUGAUCGGAAAAUCCUCAUUUCACUUAGCGUGGGUUAUGGACCAAACUUCGGAGGAAAGAAAUCGUGGUGUCACUGUUGAUAUUUGCACUAGCGACUUCAAAACAAAAGAUGCGACAUUCACUAUUGUCGAUGCUCCCGGUCACAGGGAUUUUGUUCCAAACGCCAUAGCAGGCGUAAGUCAAGUUGAUGUUGCUGUUUUGUCCAUUGAUUGUAGUACCGAUGCUUUUGAGUCAGGUUUCAACUUGGAUGGCCAAACAAAAGAACACACACUCUUGGCAAGAAGCCUUGGCGUACGUCAUAUCGUAGUGGCUAUGAACAAAAUGGACAGUGUAGACUGGUAUGAGGGGAGGUUUGAGGACAUUAAGUUCGAGCUGCGCAACUUCUUUGAAGAUAUUGGCAUAAAGGACGAUCAGUUGAGUUGGGUACCCUGUAGCGGUCUUACGGGGGAAGGCGUUUAUCAAAAAGAAUACCCAAUGGGGCAAACUUGGUAUAAAGGACCUUCUUUAGUUGGGCGUCUGGAAGAAGUUUCUCGAGAACUGCAAAAAUAUAGCUUCGAAGAUAUUUCCAACACGCCAUUUGUAUUCUCAAUAUUGGAAGUGUCUCCUGGAAGUAAAGCAAACGAGGCUGUUGUAUCCGGAAGAGUUGAAUCAGGUCACAUUCAGGGCGGAGAAACAAUCACAGUUUUCCCUUCAGAGCAAAGUGUUUUGGUGGAUCAAAUUUUGACGGGCAAUGAACAAACCCCGGCUCCCGUUGCCAUUAAAGGUGAUUUCGUAUCUCUAAAGUUGCGCAACGCCUUCUAUGACGAUAUACAGGGCGGAGAUCUCGCCGCAGUUGUGGGAUAUGAUAUUCCCAGCGCUCAAGAAUUUUCGGCACAGAUACUCACAUUUAAUCUCGAUAGACCGCUGCUACCAGGCACUUCUUUCAUACUCUUCAGAGGAAGUUGCGAGCAACCUGCCAGAGUGAAGAAAUUGGUGUCUGUCGUUGACAAGUCUGAUCCGACAAAAAUUCUCAAAAAGAAGGUGAGACAUUUGGGCUCUAAACAAGCUGCGAUCAUAGAGAUUGAGCUUGUUGAGAAAAAAAGAAGGGUCCCUAUGCUUACUUUCGGAGAAAAUAAACAUCUAGGUAGGAUUGUGCUGAGAAAAGAAGGCAAAACUAUUGCUGCAGGAGUAGUGAAGGCCCUCGAGUUCUGA